UCAGAGGCCAGAGCAAAGGAACUCCCUCGUCAUCAACUUCAGACACACAGAAGCAAAGCAAAUACACACACCCCACACCCACAUGUGCACUCACUCACUCACUCACUCACUCACACACACAUACACACACACUCACACACCCCACAGUUCCACAUAAACUAAAAGAACCCACUGCUACCUCAUAAGUCUCAGGCUGUGGCACCGUCAGCAUCGAUCAGCUGUUAACGUGACAUAGAAGAAGGAUGGCUUCUCCUGGAUGGGCCGUUGCGCUCAUGCUGUUUCAGCUCUUCCACUCAGGUACUUCAUACCCUGUUUUCACUAGCACACCAUCUCUUCCACCAGAAUUCGCACUUCCCUUUCCAAAUGUCAGCCUUGUCGCUUCUCCCAUCACACCUGGAGAAUCAACACAAAGUGUCCUCUGCCCUCUAAAGAUAUCACCCUCCACUGUGGUGGUCAGGUUUGGAGAUCCAGUCAAAGCUAACUGCUCCAUACAAAGAAUGGGGUAUUUUGGCAUUGGUUGGGAAGUCCCACUGAACCGUCCUAACUUUACAUCACAAGGUUUUCUGAUCUGGAGUGUUGAGAAGAUGACUGACUGGACCAUCAAGCCUGUGUGUUUUGCCCUAUCUGAACAGGGAGGACAGUGUUACAGUAAACUCACCCUAAUAGUCUACAAGCCUCCAGACAGAGUAUCCAUCACAUUUCUAAAUCACAGUGAGUCACCGUUUGAGGGUGAUCGGUAUACUCUACAGUGCCACGUUACAGAGGUUGCGCCUGCUGAAAAUGUCCUCGUGACCUUCUACAGAGGGGAGAAAAUGCUGGCUCAGAUGCACUCGAAUACAUCCAGUGAGAAGAAACCAGUGACUCAGAGCUUCACUCUGAACAUCGUAUCCAGUAAAGAAGACACUGAAGCUCAGUACUGGUGUGAAGCCAAACUUGAGCUGGGACCUGAAGGACCACAGCACCUUCCAGUGAUGGCGUCACAAAGACUCUUUGCACCACAGCUUAGCUGUCCUGUAAAACUUAAGGUGACAGAGGGCGAGAGAUUCCCAUGUGAGGUGACAGGAAACCCUCAGCCAUCAGUGACCUGGUUCAGAAAUGGGCAGAUAGUUGCCCCACCCUCUCAUUUAAAUAAAAAGGAUGCUGGAAAUUACACAAUCCAAGCUAAAGGAUUAUUUUCAAAAAACUUCACAGUGGAAGUGAAAAUCCUUCCUGCCAGAGGAACUGCAAACAGCUGUUGUGGACAUUUCUUGCUGCUUGUUCUUCUUACCCAGAUGAUAACUCACGUGUAA